CUCGACGCACGUCGGUACGAACGAAAUGGCAUCCUCCCUCGCGUCAUCCUCCGCGCUCGGGCUCAAGUCCGUCGCCGCCGCGCGCGUCGCGAGCUCCGCCCCGCGCCGCUCCGCGGCGGUCGCGCGCGCGCGAUCGGAAUCGUCGUCGUCAAAUGUCGAUGACGUGCAAUCCGUCGUCGUCGACGCCGCGUCGCCGGUCGUGAACCGCCGCGCGGCGCUCACCGCGGGCGCGGCGUCCCUCGCGUCCCUCGCGGCGGCGUCCCCCGCGUUCGCCGGGAUGUUCGACGGCAUGGAGAUGCCCGACCUCGGCGGCGGCGACGUGAAAGCGAAGCGCGAGAUCAACCUUCCAGAGCUCGUGAUCGAGCCCAUCCCGCGCGAGGAAGGCUACCCGCUCGCGAACGGCGGCGAGAAGACCAGGGCGCAGGGGCAGUACAUCAAGUUCAUCGAGCCGAUCAUCGUGGAGAACAUCGACCUGCCGUUCAGCGAGUACAUGAGGCUCGCGCUUCACGACGCCGGGACGUUCGAGGUGGUCGGUAAGAAGAACGGCGCGAACGGUUCGAUCCGCUUCGAGCUCGACCGCCCGGAGAACCAGAUCUGCAAGAGGGCGUUCGAGUCCGUCAAGAAGAUCAAGGCUGCGAUCGACGCCAAGGUGGACCAGCCGAUCUCGUGGGCGGACGUCAUCGCGAUCGUCCCGCAGUUUGCCGCGCGCAUCACGUUCAAGGAGGAGUACUACGAAGAGAUGGGCGCCGACGACCCGAACUUUGAGUUCCUCUUCAUCGGGACGAACCCGUAUCUCGGCGCGAAAGUGAGGAUCGGGCGCCCCGACGCGGACGCGGCGGACCCGGCGGGGCUCGUCCCCGGCGAAGACGCGACGUGCGACGAGCUCUCAGCGUGGUUCAAGAGGAUGGGUCUCGGUCCGAACCAGCUCUGCAUGUUCGCGCCGUACCUGUACGAGGACGCGCAGAAAGGUUUGGACCUCGUCGUCCAGGACAGCACGAACGAGGCGGUGUUGAACCAGUACGCGAGUCAGAGGAAGCUGGGCAAGCGCGCGCCCGGCCCCGCGGUGACGAUCAUCAAGAACUACAAGAUCACCGUGGACAACUGCAUCCCGGGCGGGAACAAGUACGUCGGCGGCGUGAGGGACCCGCCGUACGUGGAGUACGCGUACAUCCGCGGUGGCGGGGAGAUCCCUCGCGUGACGACGUUCGGGGCGUUCCCGGGGUCGAGCGACCUCGGGUCGUCGAAGUUCGCGCAAAAGGUGCGCGGGGACCGGUGAUGAGACCGACCCGGUGAAUUUUUGCUCCGCCUCCGACGGACGCGACGCCGCGGUAGGAGAUGUUCUAAUAAUAUAGGAGCGCAUACGUG